UCGCCAUCGACCAUGGCGUCGAAGAGCAUGGCUCGCUUCCGUGUGUGGUACGCCAAGUGGGUCGUCUUCUACAACAAGUGGGCCGAGUACAACGUCGAGACCCUAUUCUCCCGCAAACGUCCCCUCGCUCCGCCCCGCUCGGUCCUCGUUCAUCAGGACAUUCCCGCGGACUGGUACGACAAGAAGCAGCGAGUCAUGAAAGAUCACGUCUUUGCAACGAACCAAGUUAUCACCUCGAAGUAUACCGUCGUCACCUUUGUCCCUCGUAAUCUCCUCGAGCAAUUCAGGAGGGUAGCCAACUGCUUCUUCCUGGCGAUUGCUAUCCUGCAGUUCUUCUCGCUCUUCUCAACUGUCUCACCAGGAUUGGUCAUCCUUCCACUUCUUAUCGUCCUCGCCAUUACGGCGCUGAAGGAUGGCUACGAGGAUAUCAAACGGCAUCAAAGCGACCGACAGGUUAACUACUCCCAAACGCGCGUACUCCAAGGCGGCGACUUUGUCAACCCGAAUCCCAUGGAAGGCAAGAGCAAGACUUUCGUACGUGGGCUCGUUCCGGCCCACAAGCAAAGACCGAAGAAAUCGCAACUCUCAGGCGCAGCGUUGCAGGAUCGUACGGACAUGUUGGAGCAUGGUGCGCCUCCAGAAGGCAUCCCAACACACCCGCCGCAACCCGCUGGCGACAGCGAAGUGCCGGACGGUAUCGAAUACGACGAAGAGGAGCCGGCGCAACAAGACGGUCUGUUCCACCACCACUACGGCAGUAAACGACCACACUGGCAAAUGACGAACUGGGAGGACCUCAAGGUCGGCGAUUUCGUCAAGAUCGUGAAUAACGAGUCGAUACCGGCCGAUAUACUUCUCUGCGCGACGUCGGAAGAUGAGAACGUUGCGUUUGUCGAGACGAAGAAUCUGGACGGAGAGACGAAUCUGAAGAGUCGUUCCGCGGCGUCACAGCUUACCCAAUUGCGUUCGGCCUACGCGUGUGCUGAUAGGCGCACCUCGUUCCGCGUCGACUGCGACCGUCCGGAUACCAACCUCUAUAGUCUCAGUGCGGCCGUCGUCAUGCCCGACGAGGAGAAGAGUCCCGUCGACAUUCAGAUGGUCCUCCUCCGCGGCACCGUCCUGCGGAACACCCGUUGGGCAAUCGGACUGGUCCUGUACACCGGCGAGGAUACCAAGAUUGUCUUGAACUCUGGAGAUACCCCGAGUAAACGGAGCAAGGUCGAACGGCAGAUGAACCCUCAGGUUUUCAUCAAUUUGGGCAUUUUGGCAGCCAUGGCAGCUGCCCUUGGUAUUGCGGACGCUAUCUUGGAGCAGCGCUACUUCCCGCUCAACGCACCAUGGCUGUUCCGCGACACACGAAACGACGAUAAUCCGCACAUCAACGGCCUGAUUACCACAGUGUUCGCGCUCAUCACAUUCCAGAACAUUGUCCCUAUCUCGCUGUACAUUUCCAUCGAGUUCGUGCGGACGAUCCAGGCGCUAUGGAUCUACUUCGACUACGAGAUGUACUAUGAGAAGACGGACACGACGACGCUUGCGCGGAGCUGGAAUUUAUCGGACGACCUUGGCCAGAUUGACUACAUCUUCUCGGACAAGACGGGCACGCUCACUCAAAACGCCAUGCUGUUCAGACAAUGUUCGAUUGGUGGGCGCGAAUACAAGGGUGAUCCCGAGGUUUCCGAGGACACGCUGAGGGUCAAGGAGGAGACGUUCCUAACAAAGCGUCUGUCAGGCGACUCCGCGACCGCGAGGGGCUCUGGCGCAUCCGGUACACGCUCACCCACUAAGAAGGAGUCGGGGUCGUCGUUCGGGUCCCCUGACUCGCGCGGGACAACUGAGGUUAAGCUCGCGCAAGGUGUCCUCAAGCGGUUUAGGGAUCAUGUGCUCUCCGCCGACAUCUCUAGGGCUGCUGCCGUCAACGCAGACUCAACCGCGGAGGACUACUCGUAUGCGCGUAUGCUCCACGGAUUCUGGCUCACACUUGCACUCUGCCACACUGUCCUGACUGGGACGGAUCCCGAGACGGGCGCGUUGGAGUACAAGGCACAGAGUCCGGACGAAGCAGCACUCGUGCAGGCCGCCGCGGAUGUCGGUUUCGUAUUCCGGGGCCGCGAGAAGGACAUUUUGAUGGUCAGCACGCCGUUCUCAGAGGGGAUCGACCGCUACGAGCUCCUGAACGUGCUCGAGUUCAAUUCGUCGCGGAAGCGGAUGAGCAUCAUCGUGCGCAAGAUUGACGACGACGAGCAGAACGGCUUGUUACUGCUGUCGAAGGGCGCGGACAACGUCAUUUUCGAGCGCCUCCGCUCUGGACAACAGGAACAGCUCACGGAAGUCACCGAGGACCACCUGUCAGACUUUGCGAGCGAGGGUCUGCGGACGCUUACUCUUGCGUGGAGAUCCAUCCCUGAGGAAGAAUACGAGGCCUGGAGCGAGAUGUACCACGAGGCGACAAUUGCGCUAGAGGACCGUCAAGAGAAGAUUGACGUCGCUUGUGAGGCGAUCGAGAGGGACCUCAGCCUGCUUGGCGCCACUGGCAUCGAGGACAAGCUGCAAGAUGGCGUGCCUGAAACUAUCGCUGAUCUGAAGGAAGCCGGCAUCAAGAUUUGGGUUGCCACAGGCGACAAGCUUGAGACUGCGAUCGCUAUCGGGCAUAGCACGAACCUUAUCGGCAACGACGACAACGUCAUCAUCAUUCGCGGCGGAGGCGAGCUCGGCCGUCCUGUGUACUCUCAGAUGGCGGGUGCUGUCGACGAAUUCUUCCCAACGAGUGGUAUCCUCAGCGAACAGGGCAUUGCGGACAACAUCCAGUCGGACACAAAUCCCGGAGGGCAGUACUCUCUGCAGCGCGUUAACACUGGCGUGACUUCGAUCGUCGGCCAGGACAAUGGCAGGCGGUCGGGCGGAUAUGUGCUCGUCAUCGACGGCGCUGCGCUGAACGAGGCACUUUCGGACGGCACCCACAAACAGCUUCUCCUCCGUCUUGCGAUGCAGUGCGAGGCCGUCAUAUGCUGCCGAGUUUCCCCGCUGCAGAAGGCGCUCGUCGUCAAGCUCGUCAAGGACGGUCUCCAUGUCAUGACUCUUGCAAUUGGUGACGGUGCGAACGAUGUCAGCAUGAUUCAGGCUGCGGACGUCGGUGUUGGUAUCGCAGGUGAAGAAGGUUUACAGGCUGUUAACUCGUCAGACUACGCGAUUGCGCAGUUCCGGUUCUUGAAGAGACUGUUGCUCGUCCAUGGACACUGGUCAUACGCGCGCAAUGGCAACAUGAUCAUCAACUUCUUCUACAAGAAUAUCGUGUCUAUCGGGAUUCUGUGGUGGUACCAGAUUUACUGCGCGUGGAGCAGUCAAUACGACUUCGAAUAUACGUAUCUACUGUUCUGGAACUCUUUCUGGACAAUAGCCCCGGUUAUUGCGAUGGGUCUCUUCGAUCGUCCUGUAGACGACCACGUCUUGAUGGACUUGCCCGAACUCUACAAGCAUUCGCGCCAAGGAGAGUACUUUAACUUGAAGCUCUUUUUGAUCUACAUGCUCGAUGGCAUAUACCAGUCUGUGAUCGUGUUCUUUUUCAUCUUCUACGCCUACUUCUCCCCAUCGUCCCGCAGCGAUGGCUACGACGUCUACCUCUACGAAUUCUCGACCACGAUGGCUGUCGGUGCGGUCAUGAUCGUCACCGUCUUUGUCGGAAUGAACAUCAGCACAUGGACAAGUUGGGUGUGGUGGACGCUCGGAGUUGAAAUUGCCCUCAUCUGGGUUUACACUGCCGUCUACUCUGCUAUUCCACCAAGUACCUUCUCUACCCCUAUCUACGGCAACGACCACUACCUGUUCCACUCUGCCUACUACUGGCUGGGCCUGUUCUUCAUGACCCCUCUGGCACUACUUCCGCGGUUAUGCGCGAAGGCGUACAAGUUCAUCUUCCACCCGUCGGACAUGGACCGCGUACGGUAUCUGCAAAAGCUGGAUCCAGAGCACGACUUCCGGAAAGACCGUGAGCAGGGUGGGAUAGCGUACAUCAAGCGCAGCGUGAGCACUUCGCGUGGCGUCAAACGCAGGUCGAUCAUUCAGCGUGGUCCACGCGCGGGAAUGGGCAGCCGCACGGACAUGUCUACAGGCCUGCGAAGCCACAAUACUGGGUUCGACUUCUCUAUGGAAGAGAACGGCGUCGCGCUCCGCAGGCUGCAGAGCAACCUCUCGGGGGUGCAGCAGCCCGCGCAGCAACACAAGCGUCGGCGGACGCUCCUAUCGAGCAUCUCGCGCGCGGUUCGCCGGAAGAAGACACCAAGCACCGUGGCCGAGGAGCCCGUCGCCGAGGAGUCCCGGCCCAACUCACCAAAACACUGACACACGACCUGAGACGAAUAUUCCACUGCCCCUAGAUCUCCCAACCUGAUUGUGUUUUUAUCUCAGUCCACCACCCGAUGUUUCAGUAUUGCUCAUCUACUGCGCUCUCUCGUAUUAUAUUUUUCGCUUCCCCAUCUUCUCUGUAUCCAUCGGAUGUCUAUCAUGGGUAGUACAGGCACACUUACGAUAAUGACGAUAAUGAGUUCCUUCCGCCGUUCCUCCUUUGUGCUUGUAGGUGUCCGAAUACAUAUGUACUGUAGUCAUCCC